UGUUAAAACUCUGCAAAAAGAUCACUUUUAUACUUUUAUUUCAGCAAGAAAACUCAGCUUUCUCCUUUUACGACAGCAUGCCCAAGGUUGCACUGCAAAUAAAGAUGAGAAAUCCAUGGCGUCUUCUACCACCAUUUCACUCGGAUACCACUUCUCCAUUCCAGAAACGAGUACUACUCAACCCGAAGCCCCCAACAAAACGAGAAAGGAAACCACCGCGAAACUACGCUUUCCCCGCCGUCCUCCUCUGAUUUAACUCACCACAGUACAAUUUCACCCCCACAUCCUUUCAAAUCAAAAUUUUUCUCAAGUUAAACACCUUCCCCACCUCUCUCUUCACCUCCUAUUAACUAUUUAUACCGAUUACAUAGCCCUAUCGCAUCAAAACAGCCAAAUUCAACCAAACAAGUUUUGCGCAAUGCGAAUUCGAAAUCUAAUAACCCUAUUACUGCUAUUCACAGUUACCUUCUCUUCAACCGCAUCAUCUCUGCUCCGAUUUCCGGCCGCCAAUGUAACACUCGAGCAUCUAGAUCCCACCCUCCCGCCGGCGCUGACAGCAAAAACACCACCCAAGUGCUCUAUCCUCGUUCUCCACCACGUGUUCGCGAACACAGCAGGCGAACCGCCGGCCGUCUCAAACUAUGUCCACCCGACGGAAUGCCCCUUUCCAUGGCCGCGCGUGGUUCUGGAGCUCUCCAUCGCAGCCUCCGACGUUCAGAAGGAUCGCAUCGCCGCCGUGUGGCUCGACGGAGCUGAGCUCCUCCGCACCGCAACGCCUCUCCCGAUGGCUCCGGGGACGUUCUGGACGGUGCAGAAGGAUGUCACGCGCUACGCCGCCUUGUUCCGCCGGUUGUGCGGCGUCGGCGCCACCACUACUGGUGUGGUGUCGAUGAUGCUGGAGAACUCAAACGCCACCCUUCCCGGCGCGUUCGCGGCUAAUGUUACGCUUCAUUUCUACCGCGGCCCUCUCUCUGGCCAGCGCUUCGGGUACAUGAUCCACCCCACCGCCAAAGACAUCUACCGCCGCCCCGCCGACAUCAUCCUCCCCGUCUCCCAAGACAACGGCGAAUGCACCACCGGUUUCUGGUUCCGCCUCCAAAACGACACCCAAAUUCCCACCGCCCCCAUCGCCAUCCCUCGCAACACUCAGCGCGCUGUGCUCGAAAUCUUCGCUUCUUACCACGCACACGACGAAACCUGGUACGCCAAUCCCCUCCGCUCCGCCUACACGGCGGCGGCUCCUUCGCCCACGGACGGUGGAUUCCGUCAAAUCUACGCCACUAUCGACGGCCAGUUCGUCGGAGGACACAUUCCUUUCCCCGUCAUCUAUCCGAGCUCAGUAAACCCUUAUUUCUGGUCACCGGUGGCGGCAAUUGGGGCAUUCAAUCUCCCGACAUAUGAUUUAGACCUAACUCCUUUCCUAUCGAUUUUGCUGGACGGGCAGCCGCAUGAGAUAGGGUUGGGAGUGAGAGAUAGCCAGCCGUAUUGGCUGCUAGCGGGGAAUGUUCAUUUGUGGGUGGAUGAGUGGUCGGAUGUGGUGUCGGCCGGGGUGGUGGAGAUCAGGGCGCCGCCGCUGAAGGUGAAUCGGCAUGCGGAGUGGAGGAAUUCCGAUGGGGGAUCGGAGAUAAAUGCGGAGGGAUUGGUGAGGUUUUCUGGGUGGGUGAGUUCGUCGGAGGGGAAUAUGACGACGACGGUUAGGCAGAAGGUGAAGUUUAGGAGCCAGGUGGAGGUGCAGAACAGGGGAGCUGUUGCACAGGUGGAGAUGACAAACAAAGAGCGAACAUCAACGGCGGUGCUGAGAAACGCGCAGCAAACAAUAUCAAGGGUUCAGGUGUUCGUGGAAGCGCCGCUGCAACUCCAAAUCUCUCGGAUCAAAGCAAUGGGUGGAGCGAUAUUCGAGAAGGCGAGGCUAAGCCACCAGCUACAGGAAGUCGUUAACCUCAACGAGAACGGCCAAGCCGUGGGAAUCGGCGUGCUAACCGAUCGACAGGAUGCAGAGGGAUCGAUGCUGAAAGGAGAGGGGCAAUCGCAACCAGUGUGGGGAAGCGGAAGCACGAGGUCAUCGUACAAGUACAGGGAUGGCAACUCUUGUUACCUACGCACCUUAACGGCCGCAGAAGGGAUGGUAAAGGCGGACUUGACGAGCGCGUCCUGCGCAAGUGUAGGGAUGGCAGAGGCUUAGAUAGACGAGUGAUGUAUUAAUGUUGGAAGUAUUUGUUUCGUGUGAGAAUAAAGACGUUGUAUUUGGUUUAGUUAGAGCUAGUUAGCUCUAGGCUUAUACAGUGGCUACUUUGUAGUGGAAUGGUGACGGUAGGAGGUCAAUGUGAAGAUAUGUUUAUUGUAAACCAUGUAUUGUAGUUGGUCUAUUUAUGGGAAUAAGAAGAU